AUGGAACUCAACCAAGCUCAAUGCAGAGCUCUUGGAAUCAACGCCGGUUUUAUUAUCUUCAUAAUCAUUAUUAUGGGGAUGCGAAUGUGGGCAAGACUUGUCAUCACGAAGGCUAUCGGCCUCGACGACAUCAUGAUGGCAUUUGGAACAUUAAUGACAAUCGCGUUAUCUAUCACUGUAAUGAUUUCGGUCGUUCGCGGUAUUGGAAAGGCCAGAGCAGACAUUCCAGCAGAGACUUGGGAGCCCAUGCUUCUAUCGUUUUGGGUUUCUCGCUUACUGUAUGCAAUCGCCAUGGUGCUCGUCAAGGUCGCCCUGCUUCUGUUCUACCUGCGCCUUGAUGAUCGACUACUCAUGAGAUGGGCGGUCCACAGCCUCACAGUGGUUGUCAUCGGCAUGGGUGUAGGGCACUUUGUCAUGUCUGUUAUCGAGUGUAGUCCACCGGAGGUCUUUUGGACAUCGAAAGGAGACCGCAUUAUUUAUAUGCAACAAUGCAUGACGCAAUCUAAACAGCAAGCAUUUUGGGAUGCUGCCGGUAUUAUCGUCAUCAUCACAGAUAUAUGUCUUUGGAUAUGCCCGAUCCCUAUGAUUUGGAAUCUCCAGCUUCCCAAGCGACAAAAGUGGGCAGUCUCGGCCGUGUUUGCCCUGGGCAUCAUAUCAGUUGUUGCGGGAUGCGUUCGGUUCUACUAUGUGCGACAACUAGCAAACGAGCCAGAGCUCUAUCAACAGUUGGCCUACUCCCUCGUCUGUGGAAAAAAGACUGGCUGCGGCACUUGCUGCUCCUACUCCAACCCAAAACGCCGAUUUAUAGCUGGACCUGAGCCCGGAAUCGCUUGUUUGAUGGACAGCUAUGUCCGCCAUGCCCAACCAGAAGCUGAUCCCAAGAAACAGUAG